AAGCUGUCAGCUGCACAGCUCGGUAGCUUGAAAGUCUGUGCAAGCUCUAUACAUCGAUGUCUACCCGUUUGCGUGCGCAAUGCAAAAGUGGGAAGUGAAAUUGCAUUUUAUUUCUGUAUUUCACUUCCACGUUGGUAGUCUACAAGGGAGAUACGGUUUGUAAAUAUAUUAAUUUAAUCCCGGUUAUCUUUUCUUUGAACAGCAGUAAUUUAAAUACGUAGCUAUAGAUUUUUAUAAAUUAACAUUAUUUGAACAAAAUAAUGAUGGAACAUUGGAGGCAAUGCGCGCUGUGGCUGAUCAAUUGUAAGGUGCUACCACCGAACCAUCGGGUUACAUGGGAGUCUGCCCAGGUAUUUGAUUUAGCCCAGACCUUAAGAGACGGGGUUCUUUUGUGCCAGCUUCUGAACAACCUGAGACCUCAGUCCAUUAAUCUUAAGGAGAUAAAUCUGAGACCGCAGAUGUCACAGUUUCUGUGCUUGAAGAAUAUCAGGACAUUCCUAACAGCAUGCUGUGAAAUAUUUUCUAUGAAGAAAAGCGAAUUGUUUGAGGCCUUCGACCUGUUUGAUGUUCGGGAUUUUGCAAAGGUUAUAGAAACCUUAUCGAAACUUUCUCAUACAGCGAUAGCACAACAAACAGGAAUAAGGUCUUUCCCAACAGAAGAAAGCGUAGAGGAUGAAGACAUCUACAAAGGCUUGGAUGAGUUAAUAGACGAAAAUGGUGUUGAGGAUGAAGAAGAUCUCUAUGACUGUGUGUAUGGGGAUGAUGAAGGAGGAGAGGUUUAUGAGGACCUGAUGAAGGCCGAACCUCUUCCCCAACCAAAACAGGUUGAAACCGACAUUCGUAGCUGCUGCCUUUUAGAAAUCAAACAGACAGAAGAGAAAUAUACAGAAACUCUGGAGUCCAUAGAACGAGUGAGUGUUGUUUUCAAUGACUGCACUAACUCUAUACAUGAGCUUGUGAAAGUCCACAAAAUCCUAGUGCAGGAAAUACAAGACUCCAUCACCAACAAAAAUGCUCAAAAUCUGUACCUUAUUUUCCAAAACAACAAAGAAAGGUUGCUAAUUUACGGGAAGUAUUGCAGUCAUGUGGAAACGGCCAUAGCAGUCUUGGAUGAUAUCUGCAAAGAGAAAGAGGAUGUUCGGUUGAAGUUAGAGGAAUGCUCCAAGAGAGCAAAUAAUGGGAAAUUUACUUUAAGAGAUCUUCUAGUUGUCCCGAUGCAGAGAGUUCUGAAAUAUCAUCUGCUAUUGCAGGAAUUAGUCAAACACACUCAUGAUCAAACUGACAAGAGCCAUUUACGAACAGCACUUGAUGCAAUGAAGGACCUCGCUCAGUAUGUCAAUGAAGUAAAAAGGGAUAAUGAAACCUUACGGGAGAUAGAUCAGUUUCAGAAGUCUAUUGAAAACAUGAAUCAGUCUCUAAGAAAGUUUGGAAGGCCAAAAGUCGAUGGUGAGGUACGGGUAGCUUCUCUAGAUAAACGUGCCAAACAAGACAGGCAUAUCUUCUUGUUUGACAAAGCGGUGAUUGUUUGCAAGAGACGAGGAGACAACUAUGAAAUGAAAGAAAUAAUUGAUCUCCACAACUACAAAAUCACUAACAACCCCACCACAGACAAAGAAAACAGAAAGUGGUCUUACGGCUUCUACCUCACACACAACCAGGGGCAAAACGGAUUUGAAUUCUUCUUCAAAACAAAAGAAUUAAAAAAGAAGUGGCUGGAGCAGUUUGGAAUGGCAAUAUCCAACAUCAGACCUGAAAAUGCAAAUGGAAAUUUCCAUGAGUUCAAAAUGCAUACUUUCGAGAGGAUCACAUCUUGCAGUUCCUGCCAUAUGCUUUUGAGAGGAACAUUUUACCAAGGCUACCUCUGUUCCAAAUGUGGCGCUGGAGCCCACAAAGAGUGUCUUGGUAGGAUUGACAGCUGUGGAAAAACAAACUCAGGUUCUUGUACGCUAAGAUCAGAGAAAAAGAGACACGUGGAUCCAGGUUUACCAAGGAUGCUGGUUAUCCGUGACUACCAAGGUGUCCCACCUCCUUUUAAUGGCCCUCCUUUAAACAUCCAUAUUGGUGAUAUCAUUGAGCUGCUCUGUGCAGAUAUCAAGAGCUCAUGGUGGAAGGGACAAAUGCCUUUAACUAGGGAAGUUGGCUUCUUUCCAAGUGAUGCCGUUAAACCCUGCCCAUGUGUUCCUAAGCCAGUUGAUUACUCUGCCCAGCCAUGGUUUGCAGGUCAAAUGGAGAGGUUACAGGCCGAAGCAGAGCUAUUAAAUCGAGGAAACAGCACAUACCUUGUGAGACACAGAAGUAAAGAAGGCACAGAGUAUGCUGUUAGUAUAAAGUAUAACAAUGAUGUGAAGCACAUCAAGAUUUUAACCAAGGAUUGCCUUUUCUACAUAGCGGAGAAUAAGAAGUUCAGAAGCAUAUUAGAACUGAUAGAGUACUACAAGCAUCACUCUCUAAAGGAAGGGUUCCGAAGCCUUGAUACAACCCUGCAGUUUCCGUUCAAGGAACCUGAAAACGAUGCAGCAGUGCAAAGAAGCAACAGAUCAGGAGGCAAUAUGUUCACUCCGAAAGUAAUUGGCACUGCUGUUGCACGCUAUGACUUCUCCUCCAGGGAUACGAGAGAGCUUUCUUUACAGGAAGGAGAUGAGGUAAAGAUCUACACAAAAACGGGUGCCAAUGGCUGGUGGAGAGGGGAAAUUAAUGGUAGGGUGGGCUGGUUCCCCUCGACCUAUGUUGAAGAGGAGGAGGAAUGACGGAAAGGGUAAACAGCGAUUGCAAGCAACGCACCGCUGUGGGGCACCGUGAAAUGUGUACUGCUGCCACUCCAUUGUAGGCUUGGAAAAGAAAAACGCACACAGCACUGCUGUCUAUCCAAAAAAACCUUGCCUAUAAAAUGUUGGGAAUUCUCCACAAGCUUGUGUUGACAGAUUAAUGGCUUGCCUGCAGCUUUACAAGUAAAAGCCUGCCAGUCUGCUGUCAAUAGGGACCAGCUCAGAGCCAGAACCUCUCCCUCCCAGAAGAACUUCACAAAUAUAGACAGCUUUAUUCUUCUUGUCAUUCUUCCUACCAGCACGCAGUGUCAGCUCGGCUGCUGGUAAAUAUUUAAAUACAUUUCCACCCCCAGCUAAGACUCUCCUUGAUGAGUUGGAAAAGUCCUGAGCUGUUUUAUUUUACCUCAGAUACUUUUUCUUCCUGACCUUCCUCGCGUCCUACUUACCUGUGUUAUUAUUGAUGACUUCAUCUGCUGUCUUCACUCUCAAAGAGACAGCAUAAAGACUGUAUGAUCUCCAUUACGUAACCCCUUUGUGCACGGCUCGCCAUCACUACCCUAGACUCGUCAGUACAAAUUGCGAUACAGUUUGCAUGAAAAAAGAAGAUCACUUGCACAAGAAUAAUUGAUUUUUUUUUUGUUCGAAGAAAAAAGUUUUUUUUGGAAGAAGCUUUAUCUCAAAAAACAUACUGUUGUUAUUCUGUGUUUAUCUGAUGUUCGGAUUACUGAAAUUUUAGGAAAUUUGGUUUGAUUGAACUACAGAACAAGCUGUUGACAAGAAAACAAAAGGAAUCAUUUCUACGUGCAGGCAGACCUUUUAUAUGCAGUGCCCCUGGCCUUGAAAUAAUUGUAGAUUUCCAUUCAGCAGGCAUCCAAAUGAAUAAUAUGGGGAUUGUAAUGGGCCAUGCUCUCAUGACCCUAUAAUAAGUGGGAUUAAAAAAUGUAAAUCCUGUUUCAUCAUAGUGGUCACUGAAUAAUUGGUUUAAACAGAGGAAUUACGUAUUUCACUAAGAUUCCAAGUGUCUCUUGCCCUGCUGCACCAAGUGCAGUAUCCGUUAUGGGACCAUCAGUAAAAUAGUGUCUCUCCCUAAAGAAAUACUUUAGGAUUGGAAAAUGACCAGACUUCGUAAAUCUGGUUUUAUCAGUGCCCGCUCAUAUCAGCUCAGCCUCUCAGCCCCACAAACCUACAGACCUCAGAAAUUUAACAUUUUAAUUUGGGACAGCACACGCUUUUAAGUGAGGUGGUGUGGUCUUCUUUCAUAUUACAAUAAUAAAAACAAUAACUAUAGUUGAAAUUUCUGUUUGAUGACAGUUCUAGAGCCUUGGUAAGAGCCAUUCUAUACAAAAUAAAAAGUAGCUUCAUUAAGUAUUCUUACAACUAGGGAAUAUGUUCGUAAUUACUGGAGCCAUCACAACCAGGAGUAGGACAGAAAGCCAUGACACUCUAAUUGCUUUUUUAUUUAAAUCUUAAAAGUAUGUCUGAAAGAGUUUUUUGGUUUAUUUUGUGACUAAUAACAACGUGUAAAGUAUUCCUAGAUUUGCUACAAUAAUGUCAGAACAGAUCUUGUACAGAAAAACAUACAUGCACAGCCAAACACAUAUACAAAAUGGUUUUCAAUUGUAAAUGGUAUUUAAAAAUAUGUAAAGUAUAUUGUUAAAUAGAUCUUUCUGCACUUCCUUCAAGCAAGUAACAGCAGUUGUUUCAAUCAGCUAACACAAAUAAACUAUGCAGAAAUUAACGGUAAUCACUGUCAGAAAUAUGUCAAAGUAAUAGCAGUGGAGAUGUCUUCCAUCUUGUUUUAUAAACCAUCAGAAGCAAUCAACUUUCCAGGGCAAAUAGUGCAGUAAACAAAGAUAUAUUGAUCAACUUUAAUUAUGCAUGACUUAGAAAAAUGUUAUAAUUCUCCACAAUAUUAUUUUCUCCCCAAUAAUGAAGUAUUCAUUUUUUUUCUCGGUAGCUGUUCAGGGAAUUAAAUAGCUACGAGUAUUGAUGGCCAAAGUGCUGGCACAAAGUAUAUGGACAGGGGGCAGUUUUUGCUUGUACAUAGGUGGCUAAAAUUUGAAAACCAAGAUACCACUUCAGCAUUGUUAAGUAUUGUUGCUUUUAUAUUACAGCCACAGGGUUCAGAAAUUAACACAAGCAAAGCAAUUAAGGGGCAACAGAAAUCCUUAGUGCUGAAUCGUAAAUGUUUGUCCCAACAUAUUACAAGGCCAUGUGAGUUUUAACAAAGGCCAGACGGCUCUAAAGACCAUCCUUGCACUAAUCAUUUUGAUUACAUUAGGACAUUAGGUAGCUAGCAGGGCGAUGCUGUAUCUGACUAUCAUACUUUGUAUUGUAAUGUACAUUAUGCUUAGAGAACAUGUUAAUGAACACACCUACUUCAUCAUUGUGCUGACGUGGUUUGUGGAGGUAUUGUCAGAUGUUUCACACUUUUUGUAACUCUUAGUUAUUAUGGCUAAAGUUCCAGUCAUGCAUGUGACAUUAGACCUUCAUCACCCACAAAAGGAUUUGGUGCAUUAUUACAGCUGAAAUAUAUACAGUAUAUACACAUAAAAUGGUUCACAUAUGCUGUGAAUAUCCCAUGGUUUGUUGCAGUAUGCUUUCAGGGAAAUUACUUAAUUGAACUGUCAGAUAAAAUGUGUAUGAGAAUCUGUAGUACUUGAUGUAACCUAUUGUGAACAGUGUAUAUUGUAAAUACUUGAAUGUUUCAUUUUAAUUAUUAUUGUCGUUCUUUUUGUGAAAUGUUUAAAAAGUGUUAUGAGUUGGUUCUCCAUAAGCCAACUCUUGUACCUUUACUGCACUAAGUAUUAUCAGCCAUUUUUGUGGCACUUAUAUGUUACUUUUAUAUGAAUGGUUUAAAAUGAAGUUUUUUUUACUUUGGGAGAAUUUUUUUUUACAUCUUUUAAAAAGACACAAUUGUCCUUAUCACCGAAGUGAAUCCAGAUUACAUUUACUUUUUAAAGUUUUAUUGCAACGUACUGGCCACUAGAUGUCAUCAUUAAAAUAAAAACUUCAACCGUGUGACAUCAUUUAGGUUCUAUAAACUCAGAAAUCCCCCCCCCCACCUCCUUUAAUUUGACGAGAAAUUAUUUACAUGGUCUAAUUUGAAAAUUAUCUGUUCUGGUGAUUUUUGAAUACCCUAAUUAUAUGCCCAUCUGUUACUAUGCAUUUUGAAAUACUAUGAACGGCCUUAUGUGUAUCUUACAGUACAAGGCUGAUCUUUAAGUACUGUCAGUAAAAUACUGAUAUAGGCACUACAUUGUACUUAGGUACUAUAGAUUGCUUUUUCUCUAGGCUUUUCAACAUUCAUCACAUUAGAGGUGUCCCUCAUUAAUGCACUGCUCAUGUAAAAUUAAUGGGAGGGCAAUCAAGUUUUUCCAGGUCACCAAUCAAAUGAUGUUUUUAGUUAUUCAACAGAUUAGAUAAGCAGCUUUAGCCUUUUACUUAAAUCUGGAGGUGGUCCACAUGGAGAAAGAGAUUAACUGCGAUGGUUAGCACACUGCUGUUUAAAGUGAAAAAGGAGGCACAAGAAUUGGUUUUCUAAGCUUUCAUUCUAGUAAUCAGUUUUCACUUCUUUAUACAGCGGAUGAGCUCUGGCAACAUGGAUUUAGCAAUUGCUAUAUAGAAUGUCCCUCUUACUAGUGCAAUAGCAGUCAUUUUAUAAUCUGUGAACGCUAAAACGCCUCACCCACUAUAAAUCUUCAUUUGACAAAAACAAGGAUUACAAGGUAUCAUCCUAACUGUGGGGGACUACAAAAACUACAUCACAUCUAUCCUAAUUGUUAAUGUAUUAAUUUCAUAUUAUAAUUAUAAUUCUCAGAAGAAGAAAUUGAACAAUGCACACAAACCUUAAAUCACCAGAAGAUGAAAGAUAUAUUUAGAAAAACAAAGGGGAGAUUGAAAAUCCUAACUGGACCAGCAAGUACUCUUUCAGAAACAUUUGCUGUGAUAUACAGUAUUUUCCAUAAAAUCACCAAUAAGAGAAUUCCACUCUGAAGCCAAAGAUAUUUGUAUGCUUGACAUGAGAGCUGUAAACCUUGUGAUUCUACCACUGUGGCCUAAUAAUUAAUAGUGUAAUCUGAAAUUGUUUUACCACAUGCUAUUGUACAAUUUUGUAAAUAUGUGUAUAACACACAAUAAACUGUAUAUUACCCUUU